GCAAGGGGGCAAGUAUACAAUAAAAAAAUUUAAUUGUACCAAAAUAUCCAUUGCUUAUAAAUAUAAUAAAUAAUAGAGAUACAGUGCAUAAGAUUUAUUCGGAGCUGUGCUCCCACAGGCCACCGGAAAUACGUGGGAUCGUUUUUAGAGUUUCUUACCAUUGCAUAAUAAGAAUAAACAAUAGUAGUUCUUAAUAAAUAGACGGUUAACAAAAAAUAUGAGUGACUGCUUGCUGAUAUUUUCAUCAAGUAGCCGAGAGACGUCCCGACAUGUUUGUUACGUUUUAAUUUCCAUCCUUCUUUCGCGUUGAAUGUGCUUUACCUCAUCUCAUUAGCAUACUUUGUUCAACAUACAUUUAUUAUUAUAUUGUACACCGUUUUAUCUCCACUUGAUGAAAAGUUGGUUGGAAAAUAAAAGAUUCAAGUAUAUAAUUAUUGUAAAUGCUGUAAUGUGACUUGAGAAAAACGACACGGAUAAAGUUCAUAAGAGUUCUAUACGCAUAAAUAGACACUUUAUUAAAUGAAUGUCUAAUUUAUUUCUACUCUCUGAUUUUUUAAUCGCUGUUUAAUCUAGCAUCGAUCGCGACAUCGAUCGAUGGAAAAUUAGUCGUGGCCUAUUUUGUUUCUUCACGCACCUCUAUUUCCGACGGUAAUAGAGCAUUUUCACGAUUAUUGUGUUUUGGGCUAAUUUAGCUUUUAGUGUAACCGCAAACGUAUACCUGAAUAAGAGAAAUUCUAACGAUAUAUAUUAGUAUUUUUUUAUAUCGUAAAAGUUGCAUUUGUAUGACAGCAUGAUCACCAUAUACAUAUUUCGAUUGGGCACGAAACAUUUGCAAACAAGUAUUUCGAUACUUUGCGAUGGAAAAUGAAAUAUAAUCAAAAGAUUAGAACAAUAGAGACGAGACAUCCUAUAAAUACAAAACGCGAGCUACACUGUGAUAGUCUAUCGUACGUAUUUAUCGUUACAACGCAAUCAUUAGCGAUUAUAUUAGUUUUCUUUCCUUGUGCAAGUUACGAAUGAAGAACAAACCUCAAUAUAUACGAUUAGUCCGAAUUACGCAUAGCGGAUAUGAUUUGAUUGUAAAUAGAUUUAUUAGGUAUAUACUUCAGAUACUCGUAUUAAUCACUGUUAGGAACAUGACAGUUGUACAGUUGAUUUUAGAAUGUAAAAAGAAUAACAUAAAUGAAAGUUGAUUAAUUUAUCCUUGUCAUAUUAAACGUAAGAUUAUGAUAGUUAGCUAUUCGUAUAAUAAAUUCAACUGCAGUAUUUCAAUAAGGAUUACUGAUUAUUUGUAUUUUACAAUAGCCACUGCUUAAACGUAAGGCAUGAACAGAAUAUCCGGAUGUGACCGUAAUGCUUUUGUUUUCCUUUUUUUAACUUGCCAAAUAAGAAGUUACACGGAAUUUUAAAGAGAAGAAAAGUAGACUAGCAACAAUUAUUUGCUCAAUAUGUUUGCCUUGUGUAAUUGAACAUUUUCGUAUUUUUAAUUUAUCAUAAAGUUUGAUCGAGUAGCAAUUGCAUUAAUAAGAAACAUAAAUACAACAACGGUGCAAUACGACUAACUGAUAUAAACAGUUAAUUAACAUAAAUCGUCUAAGUAGAAAAAUUCUUAUUGUAUAAUAUUGAUUUGUAAAGAAACGAAUAUACAUAAACUAGGUCCAAGUACAAUUUCGUUGCAUAAUAUACCAACUAUUGACAAAUUGGGGUAGGGUAGGGAAAUAGGCAAUUUAAAAUAAAAAUAGAACAGCAUAGGUGCCGUCAGGACAGGCGGGAAAAAGUGGGGAAUAAUAGAAGAUUCUCGUUUAUAGUGUAUUAUACAUUUAUUUACAGAACUAUUGAAGAAAAUUAAAGGGAAUUAUACACUGAACAAGUUAUCAAUCAAUUUUUCAACAAAUUUCACAAGCAUAACUAUGCUUUCAAAAGUCAACUUGUCAAAUUGACAAUUCGUUGACAGAUAAAUAAAACAGAGGUAUAUCUGGCAGAGAUCGCAAUCCACCUUUUGCGAUCGUAAAGCAUCUCGAUUAAUUAGUAAUGAAUGCAAACGAGUAAAGUUAGAAAAUGAUUACUCGUACACCUGAAAUAUCGUCGACAGCGAGUGUUCGUUUUUUCCUCUACGGUCGUUCGCAAUAUGCGCGAAAACAUAUGUAUGCACGUCAAGUGCAGCGUCCAGUUCGGAAAUAUUUAGGAGUAACUCGGACGUAUUAUCGAAACGAUUUUCUAUAAAAAUGUAAAACGAACAACAGCUUGUCGUUGGAAACAAAAUUGCACGCUUAGAAUGCGUUUGUAACAAUUUUAGAUCUGUAGCAUCGAGAACCUGCAGGUUAUAAGUGCCGAGGAUUUAUCGAUUUGACGUUCGAUCAAACAAUUAUUCCUGUCAUGUUGUCCCGAAAAAACAAGGAUUUAAGGACAAUUAAAGAAGGAGUUGUUGGGAAAUAUGUUAAGAAAGAAACUCCGCCUGAAAUGCCAAUUAUUAAUGUAUGGACUACAGAACCAAAUAGAAGAACAAGGAAUCGUAAUAAUCAUCAAAGUAUUCCUACUUCUAUGUCUAUCCCGCAACAACCGAGUAUGGUACAAAAGUUCGGUAACACGAAAACGACAAUGAGCGCAGUAGGUUUAGGGAGUCACGAAGGGAAAUACACUCCGAACAGUUCUGUUCCAGACUUGGCUCAAAGAUUCGCCAGUCUUUCAGUCAACACCAGUACAAGGGACGGUCUCUCGUCCCGCACUGCAACGCCAAUGUAUCAUUCUGGACUUUCACCUACUAUAUCUCACACUUAUGUUAAUCAGUACGCCGGAUCCGAGUAUCACUUGGAUCGAGUGCAAACACCGCAGAUGUCUUAUAAACCUUUCGAUAUAGAUUCGGGCUACGAAGAGUACAAUCACUCCGCGUACCGUCAAAACACAGGAUAUAGCCGUUGUCAUUCGGAACGAUCAAAUUCGAGAAACGAACAACAAGAAGAGCUCCCUUUACCCCCCGGCUGGUCCGUAGAUUUUACUCUUAGGGGUAGAAAGUAUUACAUAGAUCAUAACACAAAAACUACUCAUUGGUCUCAUCCUCUCGAGAAAGAGGGUUUACCCACUGGGUGGGAAAGGAUAGAGUCACCCGAGUAUGGUGUUUAUUACGUUAAUCAUAUCACGCGCCAAGCGCAGUACGAGCAUCCGUGUUAUCCUCACGAGAUACAAGCUGUCCGCGUCGUGUCCCCUCCGCGUCAUACGCAUUUUCAUUCUCACAGCGUUUUAGUCCCGGCUAAUCCUUAUCUGAACGAAGAAAUACCCCAUUGGCUAUAUGUAUAUAGCAGAGCAUCGGUGGCACUAGACCGUAAAUUGCGAUGGGAGCUGUUUCGCUUACCGGAGCUGGAUUGUUUUAAUGCUAUGCUUACUAGAUUGUACAAACAAGAAUUGGAAGAAGUAGUCAUGCGUUACGAAGAGUACAGAUCGGCUUUACUGUGCGAGAUGGAGCAGAGAUUAAAGGAAUUGAAUCCAGAGACUUCUGGAGCUGUUGCCUUGAGACAGUCUCUUCCCUGAACAAAUAUAUUUUAAAUAUCUUAUUACUUGAUUAUAAUUACUUAUAUAAUAUGAAUUGUUACGA